CAUACCUCCAUCAUCAAUGGGUAUACAAUAAUUCUCACCCGGACUUCACUUCAUCACAAUUGUACCCUUCCCGCUUCAACCAGGCGUUGCAGGCGCCUCCGAUGCGCACGAUGUUCUCCCCAGAGGCUUCGCGUCCACAAUCGUUGCGGCCUAAGCGAACUCGACAGGCAGCAGGACAGGACGAUUCAGUCAAGCUACCCCAAGCGAAGCGAAAACGGUCGGCUCUUCGAAAAGAUACCUUCGAACCCUUGACCGAAGCAAGCAUAAACGAAGUCGCAGGGCGUGAAACCAAUAAUGAAAAAGGCAACGAAAAUACGACGCAGGCAUCGACAGUGAGAGAUCUUGCCCUGAGAGGCGGAAAGAAACACGAGAAAAGAGCCACGGGUUCGAGCAAUGCGGCCCUGAUCUUGUCCAACAACGAAUUCUACACUGUCGCUCAACUGCCUGCGCUCCCUGACCAGAUAAGGAACCGCCCCAACUUACCGUACUCCUGUGUGCUCUCUCCCGAAUAUGGCUACGCGUUAGCUCUUACCCAUACCGAUGCCAUCAUCUGGCCCUACCAUUCAAGCGCGUCUACUCCGUCAUCUAGGGAUGUCGUCACCUUCAAACUGCCUUUCCCGCCGGCUUCGGUCGACGACCCUCUGCCACUGGCAACCUUCACCGCCCGAGCUGCGAGCGGAGAACCAGGGAUUGUCGCCGUUUCGGCGAAACUGGGAAAAGUCGUGUAUUGGGAGACUAUUUCGAGCGCGACGUCGCUACUGCCCGGUCAGGCUUCCAGUGUACAAGGCUCGAUACCAGGGAUGCAGAGCAAUGAGGCAGUCGAGGAAAUAGUCAAUGCGGAGCCCUCUGGCUUCAUACUCACAUUACGACAUGGCCGGGCUGCUCAUUUGACCAUUCGUGACCAGAUGGGAAGACCAGGGAUCGGAGUCCAGUUUCUGCGGAAACCCACAAAUGGUGCAGCGGGCUUAUUCGGAAGUAUUCGACAUGUUUUCGGUGGUGACAGGAGAAAAGGGACGCCCAUUGUUAAAGCUGGAGGUUCGAGAAAGGGGCAGCGAGACAUUAUAAUCGCCACUCGAGACGCUGAAUUGGAACUCUGGAGCACCACAUUGAGCUCGGGGAACACACUUGAAGCCUCGUUCGGUUUCAAAGACGAGGUUGUUGAAGCACUCAGAGCAUUCUCAUCCGAAGACGGGCAACUGCAGUUUGAGAUUUUGGAUGUGGAACUUUCAGCAGGUCCAAGCACAACAGUGGCUCGACGAGAGUCUCAUGGUGCCCCUAUGAUGGUCCUCGCCUCACUGUCGACUUCGGGGCAGACCAGAUACUUUCUCAUUGAAAUGCUGGUCGACCAGGGAGCCAAGGUCAGAGUGGUGCACCCCAUCACCUCCUACUCGUCACCAAAUGCAAACCAGCAGACGUGGAGACCUCGUCUCUGUGUGGCUAGAACACAUCCGGUGGCAUUCGUCGUGUUCGAGACGGCCAUUGUUGUGUUCUCGCUUGCGAAAAUACGAGAGACGCCGUCUUCGCAACUCAUGUUGGAGCGCCACGCACUUCCCGAACCGUUUCAAGAUGCAAUUCGGUUCCAGGAUGAUGCGCUUUACAAGGUCUUGGGCUUCGCCCUCGAGUCAGCAGAAAAACACACAUCCAUCGUGUUUGGAGUCCAAGGUUUUGGUGUGGUCAAAUUGACCUACCAUCCUCGCAACACUGACAAUGAGAUCGACGUUGACGAGGUUGAAGACCGGAUCAGCGCAAAGAGUAAAAUCGAACAAGCUGUGUUUUUCGGCAGUAUGAAGCAGAAUCCUUUGGACUUGAAAAGCGCCAGCCAGUCCCUGUCUGCCGAGGAAGUUGAAACAGCAGCCCUGGCUAUCAGUUCCGAGAUCCUGUCCUCGUCGUCCAAACAUCUCCCAAAAAGUGCACCUUCCGUGGAGAUGCAGAUGCGUAUCCGGGCCAAAGCUCUGGACGACUUGGCACAGCACUUAUUACAAUGCUACCCGUCCUUCAUCUCGCGAAAUGCCCGUUUUCAGUUGCUGCUGAACGCCGAGAAGCUGGCAGCCGCUCAAGCGAUCUGGAAAGUCCAAGAAGACAUUCAACGAAGAUAUCCCCAGGAUGAUAGGGAGAUGUCAUAUCUUGAGUUUACUCUUCGAGCCUUGCACGAGAGCCGUCAGAAAUAUCCGGAUCCAGCGAAAGGAGAGAAGGAUCGAGUGCGACACUGGCUGGUCAACAGCGUCGAACACGUCGACCAUUUAAUGUCUGAACUCGGGGAUUGCAUUCGUGAGCUGGAACCCAUGGAUGUUACUGACCCUAGAGUUGUUGCCGAUUACUUCACCGAAGCGGCAGAUCUGUGGAUAGCAUCUUACAGUGCCGCCUUCAAAUUCCGAGAAGAUAACGCUCCUCACUAUGGACUGGGUGAUGAAGUGUUUAAAGACGGAGUGUUGAUUGCCGGAUUCCCUGUUGAGAUACCUCACCCGUGGACGUCACGCCCGGAACCGUUACGUUUCGGCCAGCGCCUCAUAUACGACAUUUGCAAGUUUUUGAACGAAUGGUGGGAGUUCGGCCAUGGAAGAGACAAAAAGAAGAAGAUGCCCACGGAUCUUGAUGGCAAGCCCUAUGAAGGACCAAGCAAAGAAGCCUUGGAACAACUGGCUGAACGACUUCCGGUCGAGGUGGAAUUGUUCUCCCGACUUGUCAAUGAAGAGUCUACACAGGCUGAGUGCCACUUGAAGGUGCUCGAAAAAGACCCCGAAAUCCUAAGGGAUGAAAUCAAGGCCAUCAGAAAUGAAGAAAUCGACCGACUAUCUCAAGCACUACUGGUCAUUUCCGCUUUCAACAUGGAGGGGGCGAUCUCUUUGAGCGAGAAGCUGCGAUACUUCGGAAUGCUGGUGAACCUGCAUUACGAUUACUACAAGAAGCUGACACGGGAGGUUGCCGCGGACCCUUCUCUCGAAGAAGAGAACCAACGCAAACUCACGGAAAUGCAAAAUAGAGCUGAGACGUACUUUGACCGAUUCGGAAAAGGGUGGGCUCUUGCAUACUUCCGCCGUCUCAUCGAAGAUGACGAAUGCGGAACUCUCUUGAAGGCCGAAGACGACGAGAAGAAGAUGCAGUUCCUUAGCUGGUUCUUCAAGCUCGCCGAAAAGUUGGGUCAGAAAGUCGGCAAGCUGAGCUGGAUCCACGACAUUGUCGGCAAAGGCGAUUAUUUGAGAGCGGAGAAGACACUCCAAGAGGUUGCAGCUGAGGAGAUGGAUGAUGUCUGGAGCAAGAAGACGGAACUGUCCAUUGCCAAAUUGGCAGCUCUGGCAGCAGCCGAAGACAGCGAAACCAUCAAAGUCAGUUCCGAACAGUACGACAACGAACUUGCGGUCAUCAAGAUCCAGGAACGGAUAUAUUCGCACGUGACGGCAGUGGUUGGGCCGGCACUUGACGAGAAGGCAGCGGCCGACUUGGCCAAUGAGAGUUUUGCCACACGUUGGAUUGCGAAGUAUCCAGCACUGAAGAGACAACUGAAGCAAGAACUCAAGUCUUUGUUGCGUCAAAAUCCAUUGUCGACAGAGGUCCUGGUCGAUAGCCUGACGCUGAUUGAUCCCGUCGCUUGGCCUGGAGUUCCCGAAGAAGACCCCGAAGUACGCGGGCAGGAGUUCUUUUUGGCGUUGCAGGUGGUCGACCUCUCCAGCUUCUCGGCCGCCAAGAAAGACGACCUUCGAGCCCUGAUCUGGAGACGAGCAAUGAUUCGCGACGACUGGUUGUUGCUCAACGAGACUAGUGGGAAGGACGACCAGCGAGUCCAGAGUGAGAUGCAGCAGACCAGUCUGUUUCAAACCAUCGAACAGGUUCUUCUGGCAGGGCAGACUGAAGGCAGCGAUGUUCGUAUCUUGUCGCCAACUGAAAUCCUCGCGCGAGAAGCUUUCCCGAGCACGCUCCAGCAGAGAUUCGCGGAGAAUGAACUAGAGGGUCUCCGAAAAGACAUGGACAAGGAGCAAGCAAAGCUGAAGAGUUAUGUGGAAAAGGGUAGACUGGAGGAUCAUUUCGGAGGAUUGGUCUCGUCGGCCGAGAGGGCGAUCAGGGAUAUUCUGGACGCACGAGGCGAACAGAUGGCGCAAGAGGUUAUGCUGGCAAGCAAUGGUCUGAGUAAUGGGUUGUGAUGUGUGGUUCUACUCCUGGAGGUCGGACCAUUCGAGAUAGUUGGGACCGACUUGAUUUCAUAACCUUGAACGGUUGCCAUGACGAACGUGAGCAUAGCAACUACAGUGGCUAGGUAUAGACAAUUGUAGUCGUACUAAUUGUGGUCGUCAUGGUCGGGUUGGAUGUCUGGAUCUGCGAGACUUGGAGCAGAAGUCUGAGGAUUAGAUACCUGACAAUACAAUCCUUGUUGGAGUCAA